GCGCAUGCCAUCGAGCACUGUCGAUUUCAAGCUAAAGAACACCAACAUCAGCUUCAACCUGCCCGGACUCACAACAAAAUGUCUGACAAAUACCCUUGCAAGUACCAUAACGAUCCAAAUGGCGCGUGCUUUCCCGGGAUAGAAUGGGUUGGCGGUGCGGAUGCAGCUUGUGAUAAGUGCCUGGCGGCAGGGCUUCCCAGAGGAUUGAAUCAGUGCAGAGAUUGGGAGCCAAUGUCGAUGAGCCUCUGCGAGCGAAGCAGAGAUAAUGGUGCGAUACACCAGGAGAUACACGCUAUGCUUGAGCCACAUAGGCAACACAGAUGGUGAACGUACGACGAGCUGUCGCAGAGCAGUCUGGGAUCUUUGAGGUACAAAGUCUGCGAGAGAGUAGGUUCCGAGGCGUUCAGCUUCGGCUGUAGCAUGUUCAGCAUCAUAGCACAUCUUUUCGAAUCCAUCCUCUUUACUGCUUCCA